CUCAGACUUGAGGUUGUUUAACUUCUCUCGGAGGAAGAAGAGUCAGGUGUGGACUGAGGUAGAGUCAACACAUGCAUUUCAAAGUCCGAGCUGCAACAAAAGAUGACUGCAAAGAAAUAUCGAGAAUGAUAUUGGAGUUGGCGGUUUAUGAAAAAAUGCCCGACCAAGUGAAGAUAACUCAUGAAGCACUGGAGCGGGACGGUUUCUGCCACAAUCCCUUCUUUGAAUGCCUCGUUGCAGAAGUGCCCGAGGAGCAUAAAUCUGAAGAAGGAUUCACAAUUGUCGGAUAUGGCCUUUACUUUUACACUUACAGCACAUGGAAGGGGCGGUCGGUGCAUCUGGAGGACCUGUACGUGAUGCCAGAGUUCAGGGGAAAGGGCAUUGGCAAGGGUUUACUCGGCAAAGUUGCCGAGGUGGGGAAGAAGAUGCAGUGUGUGCGGCUGCAGUUGUCUGUGUUGGACUGGAAUACUCCCUCUCGAGACUUCUACGCCGCUAAAGGAGCUCAGGACCUCACCGCCAGUGAAGGCUGGCACUUUCUACGUUUUGACGGACAAGACCUGGACAAUUUAGCAAACGACGCUCCUAAAGAUUAGAAGUUUGCCAAGUAAAGAUGUGUAUCUUGCUGUGAAACAAAUGUGGCUGUUAAACAUUCACCCUGAAGACGGUGCCAAAAUAUGCUUCACUGUAACCCAAUUCCUCACUAACUCGUCUUUCUACUAGUUAAACAUUCAUUUUGCUGGCAUGGAUGCAUCUGGUUCAGCUUUGUCAUCUUUCAGUGCAGCGUGCAAAUUCAAUUUGCGGACAUCCUUUCAUCUUGUAUAUCCACAUUUGUGAGUGUAUAAAGAAACAAAAUAUUGCCUUUAUUGGGAAAUUAAACACAGUCCAGCCCUUGAUGAUUUUAAUCUUUCUAGGAUCUGAUGAUGCUUUGGUGAAGAUUUUGGCAAAUUUCCCAGCACGACGAUGUGAAUUGACCUGAUUAAAUCCAAUCCCGGACGUGAUGCCAUAUCAUUCCAGUAGGUGGCAUAUUUAUCCAACUGAAAAUAAACUCUCUGAGUGGACACUCGUGCAGUGCCGAGGUUAAAUGCACGAUACAUUAAGCUCCAUGUCUCAGCUGUGAGUAUUUUCUGCUCUGGUUAAAGGAGUCAGCGGAGAAGAUUACUUGGAAACUAGUUCUGUAACCUAAAACCCUUUUCAUGGAAUUAUGUUCGUUAUGUUGAUAAUCAAAAUCUCAUUAACACUUUCAUUUUUUUUUGCAGUCAGUCACUGGAAAUGAUAUUUAUUUAUUGUAUAAAACACACUGAAAUCCAAAGGAGCACAUGUGGAAUCAGCCUAAAGAGAAACUGUGACGUUACAUUUGAAAUAUGCUAAAAAAAGAUUAUAAUGCACAAAACUUACAAAGGCUAUAUGUUUAUAUGCGUUUCAACCCUGUUACUCGAGUGUUCUGGUUCAAAGACGAGCGUCUAAAUAAAAUCGCACUGUGUGAAA